GGCAGCUUUCCGCUCCUUACAUGCUGCAGGAUCCAUCCCUUCACUCACCAGGAUAGCUUACCAACCUGACAAGAGCAAGAAAUGGAGCUGUUUUUAUUUAUUAAUAGAUGCUUACAUUUGAACUGCUAUCAAAUAUAGUUAAAUGCAUGUAAGCACGUAGGUAAGAGAAGACUUAAUUGCUUGUUUUGCCUGAGAGGUUCAAUAGAACCAGCCUCUUACACGCCUAGUUUUCUCAGUCUCCCACACAAACUUACCUGCACUAACUAGAAAGUCCAGUUUCUCCAGCAAGUCCUAGAGAACACCGGAGAGUCCUGGAGGCAACAUGGACCUGGACAGUAAACGGCUGGUGGUGGUGGUACCAAAGGAAGUGCUGGCGCCGUCUCGCAGAGUGUUCAGUGGCGAGGAUGAGACGUGGAAGAGCUACCUAGAGAACCCCCUGACUGCUGCCACCAAGGCCAUGAUGAGCAUCAACGGAGACGAGGACAGUGCCGCAGCUCUGGGACUGCUGUACGACUACUACAAGGUAUCCAGAGAGAGGAGAGAGGGCUCCAGUGGAGUCAAACCCACAGAGCCCUCUGCUGAUGGGCCAGAUGACGGCGGCAGCUUGGAGAUGUUAGAUCCCCAUGUUCAGGCUCUCAGAUCCAUGCCUGUCAACCUCUCACUAAACAACGGCAACACUGCAGAACACCAGGGCUCCAGGUUUGGAGAGACCAGAGGAGGAAAUGGUAAAGGUGGUUCAGCUCUGCCUCUGGUCAAGACCGAGGGCCACACAUCUAUGGGAGUUCACUGCUUUGGAGGUUCCUACCGAGAAGAACCCAGAGAGCAGACAAGGAUGGUUUACGAGCAGAGCCACUACUAUUUGUCCCGUGCUGGGUUCUUGAAAAAUGAACAAAGAAGCAGUCCAAACAAUAUAUAUGAGGAUGCUGUGGAAGGAGAGAUAUACAACAGAAGUCCCUCCUCAGGAGAUGAAUUCCACUACAGCACACCGACUGACGACUUCCAGUACUGUCUGGAGGCCAGCAUGUCGCUGAGGCCGCGGCAGGGGGAGGGGCCCAUGGCCUACAUGAACCGGGGCCAGUUCUACGCUUUGACACUGUCCAAGGCCAACUGCAAAUCGUCAAUAAAUCAGCAUAAAGGCAAAGUGCGGAGUGUUAUCAUGGUUGUCUUUGGAGAAGACAAGUGCAGAGACGAGCAGCUGAAGAAUUGGAAAUACUGGCACUCCCGCCAGCACACUGCCAAACAGAGGGUCCUGGACAUCG